AUGUCCGACCUCAAGCUUUACUUCACUCCUGCACUACAGCUUCUCCUGCUCACUUGUCCUAUUUUGCACAUCGGCCGCUCUUUGCCGGUACAGUCGGUGCCGAAUGGCCCCAUAACCAACAGCUGCGCUUUUCAUGCACGGCUCCUUCUUUGGAAUAUCACCGAAGCCCUCGCACAGAACCGCCUAUUCAAAGGAUUCGACUGCAUGGAGCACAACAUGGAGCUUUACACGGAGACCGAGACGGCGGCAGCGUGUGCGCCAAGGGAAUCGACAUGUUCUGGAGUCAAGGCACUGGAGUUUGAUCGGGAGUCAUGCAUGAUGAACAUUGGGAAAGAUCUCCUUUACUACAGCAAAACUCUGGAGACUCACCAAAAGCAAUCGCUCAGCCCCGCUGUUCUGCUCAGCCUCCAAGAGCUCAUGGAGAACUGCUUCCCACGGUCUUUGUCCAAACAUGGGCAAUUUAAGGAGGCUACUCUUGACCAUCUAAACACCUUUGAGAAAAGAGUUUAUCGUUGCAAAGUGCUGAGGGGUUUCCAGGUCCGUGCCGUCACGAUCAACAGAGUCAUUGAAUAUAUGCAGUCUGAAGAACAGGAAAAAAUGAAGCACGCUGUAAUGCAGGACGACUGA